AUGGAGUCGUGGGUUCGCUUCAAUGCGCAGAGCCAGGCCAAGGAGAGACUCUUCAGGUACACUUCAGCUGAUCCAGAGCAGACCAUAACAGACCUGCGGAUGAGUGUUGUUGAAACUGAUGUCAAUAAAGAUCCACAAAAAGCAGCCCAGUACGCAUGCACUCUGCUGGGAUACACUGUUCAGAGAGCGGGCUCCACAGAGCUGAGCCUCACCAUCUCUCAGCUGGAAGCUCACAUGAGUCUGAGCCGCAAGCUGCUGCGCUUGGGGAGCUCAGUGGAGGCUCUGGAGGCGGCCAAGAGGAGCAUUCAUCUGAAGGAUGGCGUGCUGCGCCUCUGCCUCACGCUCAGCCACCUCAACAGAGCCAUGUACUUCGCCUGCGACAACUUACUGUGGGCCUCGAAGAGCGGCCUGCUGCCCACACUGGAGCAGAGCAAGUGGAGCCAGAGGGCCUUCAGGUAUUACCUCUUGGCUCUGCUGUUGAACCUGGUGCGGGACGUGUACGAGCUGCGGCUGCUCAUGGAGAGUGAGAGUCGCUGUCGGGCGUCUAAAGCAGAGGGGGCGGAGCCAGAGCAGGGGUCCGGGCUUCAGCUCAUCCUCAGCGUCUUCCAGCACAACCCUCCGCUGCUGCUUGACCUGCUUAAGAACACUUGUGACGUCUUCAUCCCUCUGGACCGCCUGGGACUGCUCUCCACUGGCCCAGGCUUCGUGGGAGCGUGUGGCCUGACCUCCUCCGUGCUCGCCAUCCUCACCAUCAUGCACCCCUGGCUCAAACUCAAGCCUUGA